CACGUGACAACGAAGUCUAAAAGAAUUGGACAUCGAACAUAUAUAAGAACAGGUGGUAUGGUUUAAUUGGAAGAAACGAAGCGUGAUGUCAUCGGCUGACCGAUCUCCGGUCAAUGACCUAAGUAUCCUACCUCCAUUUGCCACCGAAAAGGAGAAAUAUAUCUCUUCUAAUAUAAAGUUUAACCCGUAUUUUCUCGUACUUAUCUCCAACGUUUACAAUAUUUAAAUCGAUCUCUAUCCCAUAUGUUCUUAUAUUUAUUUCGAGGGGGAGGCGAGUUUCGUACGUUUAAGAUGAAUGACCGGGAGUUAUCGACCGGAAACAAGCGGUAUUACUUCAUUUGCUUUUGUUUAAUAUGCAUUAACUAUAUCUAAUAUUGGAUACGUAAUGGAAAGGAAUUCAUCAUAUUGUUGCGGUAACAGUGCGUCGUUACGUAUUGGAAUUGCGCCUGCGCUAGUGUUGCUUAGUACUACGUCACAGAGUGUAUAGUUUCCAUCAAUUCUUAGCAAGGUCAAAUCGGGAGUUAUCUCGUACGGAGCAGACGGAAAAGGCUGUACAGCCAAAUCAUGAAGUACAACUGCGUCCAAGCUUCACUGAGUAGGAUCUUCCAACAUUUAGGAAAAUGCACUGCCAGACACCCUAUACUGUUUAUGCUGACUCCAGUUAUAAUCAGCGGAGUCUUCAUGACGGGUGUCUUCAGAAUGACAACAGAAAAAGACAUCACAAGUCUUUUUGUUCCUUCGCACGGACGAGCGAAAUCGGAUCGAGCGGCAAUCGAUGAAUUAUUUCCAAUGAAUUUCUCCGUCAACUUCGAUUUUGGUCGUCUUACUCGAUUAAAUGGUUUCGGUACCGUGUUGAUUACCUCAAAAGAUGGAGGAUCAGUGCUCAGAGAACAUAUCUUCGCCGAUUUAAUCGAACUCGAUCGAUUGAUCAGAUCGAUUACGGUCAACGACGGGAAAACAUCAGCUAAUUACUCCAGCGUAUGCGCUCGAAGAAAAGGAAUCUGUUUUAGAAACGAAAUCCUGAAUUUAGAAAAAAAUCUAACUGCCAUAAGAGAGAAGAAACAAUUCAUCAAAUAUCCUAUCGACUUAGAUCCUAAAACUUACAGUUUUCACUUUUAUGCGAAAGGUCUUGGAGGAGUAACUACGGACGAAGAAGGACGAAUUUUAAGCGCUAAGGCAGUUCGAUUAUAUUAUUAUCUAUAUUCCGACAAAGGGAUAUGUUUAGAAUGGGAAAGAGCUUUUCUUCAUACAUUAACUCAUGCACAAUUUGAUAAUCUGACCAUCAGUUGGUUUGCAUCAGAAUCAAUGGCUAACGAAAUCAACAGAAUCACCGAAUUAUCACUACCGUUGCUCAGUGUUUCUGUGGCGUUGAUGUUGACUUUUGCCAUUUGUACUUGUCUAUCUUCCGAUUGUGUCCGUAGCAAGCCAUGGUUAGGAGUAACUGGAUGUCUGUCUUCCGGUCUGGCCGUUGCUGCUGCUUUUGGUUUCGUCAUGCAUUGUGGCAUUCAGUACAUAGACAUAAAUAUAGCUGUACCUUUUCUAAUGUUGGGAAUCGGUAUGGAUGAUACAUUUGUAUUGUUGGCAGCGUGGAGAAGAUCGAAUCCCAAAGAUAGCGUAGAAGACAGAAUGGGUGCAUCAUAUUCCGAAGCAGCAGUUUCCAUUACUAUCACUUCUGUUACGAACUUCGUGUCUUUUCUAAUUGGAUUAACAACACCAUUCCGAGCCGUUCGAAUCUUCUGUCUUUAUACUGCAGUUGCCAUUUUGUUUACCUAUAUUUAUCAAAUUACUUUCUUUGGAGGUUGCAUGGCUCUUAGUGGUUAUAGAGAAGAACGAAAACUUCAUCCAUUUACUUGUUUGCCAGUUUUAUCCAAAUAUAAAUCUGAAAAGAAGAACUGUUUAUUCAGGUGGUUUUGUACAGGGGGAGAUGACGACGAUGUUACUGAAAUGCAAUCAAAUUUUUUGAUGGACUUCUUUAAAUAUAAAUUAGGAUCGGCUCUAUCUUAUAUCCCUAUUAAAAUAGCUGUUUUGAUAGCAUUUUCAGUUUACUUAGGUUUUGGGUUAUGGACUUCAACGAUGGUAGAAGAGGGAUUAGAUUAUAGGAAUCUUUAUCCGUACGAUUCCCAUGCUGUCGUAUUUUCAGAUUUAAAUUAUGGAUAUUUCACGGAAUAUCCCCAUAGAAUACAAGUUGUCAUCAAUAUCACAUUAGAUUAUUCUAAUCCAAAUGUACAAAAACAAAUUGAAGAACUCACACAGAAAUUUGAAAACAGUCCUUACAUCGCUAAUUCAAAUUUAACGGAAUCCUGGCUUAGAUAUUACUUGAAGUUUCUGAAUGACUCAAGAACUCAAUACAUGCUGAGAGGAUUCGAUCUCACCGACAAACAAGAAUUUAUUGAUGCUUUAGAAUUUGUGUUUCUGAAAUUUAAACCAGCAGAAAGAUUUAGAGAUGACAUAAUUUUUAACGAAAAUCACACAGAAAUUAUUGCUUCACGAUUCUUAAUUCAGAGUGAAAAUGUCAGAACUGCUCAACAAGAAAAAUCCAUGUUGUUAGAAUUGCGUAGAAUCGCUGAUGAAUCAAAGUUUCCUGUAACAGUUUACAAUAUGUGGUUUAUCACUUUCGAGCCAAUGUUAAUGGUAAAAGAGACUAGUUUACAAGCUAUCUGCGUUGCAGCAAUUGUUAUGAUGAUAAUUUUCCUCAUCUUUAUUCCUAACGUAACAUGCGCCAUUUGUGUUGCUUUCUCCAUAAUAUCCAUAGAAAUAGGUGUUUAUGGAUACAUGUCAGCUUGGGGAGUUAAACUUAAUCCAAUAUCGAUGAUAAAUCUCAUAAUGUGUAUUGGUUUCUCGGUGGAUUUUUCGACACAUAUAUCGUAUUCUUAUAUAACGUCCACUGAAAAGACAGGAAACGAACGAAUGCGUAGCGCUCUUUAUGCUGCUGGAAUGCCUAUUUUCCAAGGUUCAGCAUCUACAAUAUUAGGUGUAGCCGUCCUAUGUUUUGCGCCUUCACAUAUUUUCGUAGUGUUUUCAAAGACAGUGUUUUUAGUAAUGUUCUUCGCGGCAAUGCAUGGAUUAGUGUUGCUUCCUGUGUUACUCAGUUUUCGUGAGAGUUGUUACAGUAAGAAACGCCGAGCCGCUUCUUCUAAGAAGAAAAGAGAAUAUGAACAAAAGACAGAAGAAAUAGAAGAAUUGUCGGGACUAAAACAAAAUAAGGACGAAUCCGAAGGUGAUAGUGAUGAAGAAUCUGGUUACAAUGGCGAUAACACUAGAGAAAGUAAAGAAUCAUUACAAAGACGUCUUCAGAAUAAUUCAGACAAAAUAUAGUUAAAUUCAGAGAAUUAUUGUGAGGUCUGUGGGUACUUUUAUCUUAAAUACCUAUUCGCACAAUGCAACUUUAUUUUGAACUUUUACACAAAAAAGCACCAUUAUUGUUAUAUAAUAAAUAAUUAGAACUAUUUUAAAUUAAUUAAAAAGUUAAAAAAAACAAUAAUUGUUUUUGAGAAAAGAAAAUAAUAAACUUUCGACAUUUUUAUUUUUAAAUCGACAGUGUUUAUAAUAUAUAGUAAUGAAUAAAUUUAAAUUUCAAAUUAAGAAAUGUACGAAUAAGAAAUUACGAGACAUUAUAAACAUGUUAAAAUUACUAUUCUGAAUAGUAUUUAAUUAAUAUUUCAAGAUAAGAAAUUCAUUUUGUAAUUAUUGAUAAUGUAUCAAUAUAAUACAUUAUUUAAAGACAGCAGCGAAUAUGGAUUGAGAAAGAUCAGAUGAUGCUGAUCGGUUACAAAUGUGGGGCUUCACUACUCUCGAAAGCCAUAAAAAUAUGAAUCAAAUCGAUAAAAUAAAUAACAGAUUUUUCAACAUUUAAGAAAUUUUCAUUUAUAUCUACUUAUUUUCUUUUUACUUGAAGCAGUCCCAAAAUUUAGCUUUCAUAUCCAACAUCCGGAUCAAAUAAUUUCUAUCUAUAUGAAUAUGGUAGCGAGCCGUAAUAAAAGCUAUAAUUUUCUAGCUAUAAUCAUUGAUUAUUAGAAAAAUUAAUUGCAUCUAAUCGAUUGAUCGAAUACAAUUAGCUUUCUAAGUAAAUACGAUUAUAAAGUUGAGAUACAGUAAAUUGCGGAAAAUUAUUCCGUUUUAAUUAUCAUAAA